AUGGAAAUCUCUCCUUCUGCCUUAGAGUUCAAGGGCUCCUUCACCAAGCAGUCUACUCAAUACUUGACUCUUACCAAUACCACCAACUCCCCAUUGGCCUUCAAAGUCAAGACCACGGCUCCAAAGUUGUACUGUGUCAGACCCAAUGCCUCGGUCAUCGAUCCUGGCCGUUCUGCCCAGAUCUCCAUCAUCUUGCAAGGCUUCUCGCUGCCAUUGCAGAAGGAUUACAAAUGCAAAGACAAAUUCUUGAUUGUCUCGUUGCCAUCGCCAGACGGCAUCGAUGCUUCCAAAAUCGGUGAGUCCUGGGCCUCCUUAGAAGCCAAGUACAAGCUGGAAGUUAUCUCCAAGAAGUUGAGAGUCAACUACGUCAUUACAGAAGACGAACCAGAU